AUGGUUUCUACUAACACUGCUUUAGAUCCUAAUGUUCUUCCUUCAAAACCCCCAACUACUCCGAAAUUAGUCCCUGUUUUCAGUUUCAAUUUCAAAUGUGAGUUUAGUCCUCCAGGUUCAUCUACUGAUUUACCAGUCCCAUCUAAUAGUUUAAGUUUAGCUCGUAUUAUCAAUGGAGAAAUCAGAACCGUUAAGAAUGAUUACGGUUUAGAAUUAGAUGUCCCUGGUAUUACUGGAAUUGAUGAUUUAAUUGAAAAGGUUCCACUUGGAAUCACUCAAUUAAAUUGUACUUUGAAUGGUAAAACUGCCAAUGGUAGUGAUGUAUUAAUAUAUUAUGAUGGUUUCCUUAAACAUGCACAGGCCACUUUUGAAGUGAUUCAAGGGACAAAGAAACAUAUUGAAUUUGAUGAUUGUUCAUUAGUUUGUAAACCAAUUUUUAAGCUUUCUAAAGGAGUUGAAGAUAAAUAUAAAUGGAUCCUUACUGAAGAUUUCAUUGGUAAAGGUAGAUUUAUAAGAGAUGCUGAUGAUUUCGUUUAUGUUCAAUAUUUUGUUUAUAUCAUUCGUUAG